CGGAGCUUGCAAUAUUCUUUCUUGUAGCCAUCAAAGAAGACCUUAAUGAUUCCUAUGUGUUUCCGUUGCAGAUUAACAAGCCAUAUCUUCCAUUAGCAUCGGGAGAAUAUUCUUUUGGAACUGGCGUUGCAAUUGUCUUCACGUUUUCUAUCCUGAGUUUUUGGCUGGGAUGGGUUGUUCGUUCAUGGCCAUUGUUUUGGGCACUUUUGAUCAGCUUUAUUCUUGGGACUGCUUAUUCCAUUGAUCUGCCACUGUUGAGAUGGAAGAGAUUUGCUGUGGUAGCCGCUAUGUGCAUUCUAGCUGUUCGAGCCGUGAUUGUUCAACUUGCUUUUUUCCUACACAUGCAGACUCACGUGUUCCAAAGACCUCCUGUCUUUUCACGUUCCCUGAUCUUUGCAACUGCAUUUAUGAGUUUCUUCUCGGUUGUUAUAGCAUUAUUUAAGGAUAUACCAGAUAUUGAUGGAGAUAAGAUAUUUGGCAUCCGUUCUUUUACAGUACGUCUAGGGCAAGAGCGGGUGUUUUGGAGUUGUAUUUCCUUACUUGAAGUAGCAUAUAGUGCUGCCGUUGUAGUGGGAGUUGCAUCUUCCUCCCCAUGGAGUAAAUGGCUAACGGUUGUUGGACACAUCACUUUGGCUUCAGUUCUUUGGAUUCGUGCCAAAUCAGUUGAUCUGAAGAGCAAAGCUGCCAUAACAUCCUUUUACAUGUUUAUAUGGAAGCUUUUCUAUGCUGAGUAUUUGCUGAUACCGUUUGUUAGGUGAGGGGUUGAGCAAGAAUGUGAUUAGGUAGAGUGUGUAUUGUACAAACUCCUUGAUAGAAAUGGAGUAAAUACGUUUCUGUUAAAUUUCCAAGUCACAAAAGCAAUCCAUUAGCAAUCUCCAAUUUGAAUAAUUAGAUGAUUAUCUUCGUAACAUUUUAACAUUGGGACUGACAUUGCAAAAGAGGUGUUAAUACGGAGAAUAUGUUUUCUGUUGAACAUUUAA